CAGAUGGAUACACUUAACCAUGGAGGGCGAUCAAGCGGUCACGAAUUUUAAGGGCAAAACUGGGAUCAAAAAGAUCUCCGCAGCCACGGCUCCGGCACCAACACCGGCGCUAAAAAGCGAAGCAAGUCGAGAAACGUGUCGUCCGAUUUGUGGAAAGAUUGGAAAUCACGCGGGAGGAUGGAGUCAGAGGGGCAAAGGGCGGCCUCGAAUCCCUCGGCCAUGCUUGCAGCGCUCGUAAGCAAGAGGGAUAAGCUCCAGGACGAGCUACGGGUUAUCGAAAGACAAGUCUAUGACCUAGAAACUACAUACCUACAAGACUCAAACCAGAAUGGAAGCGUGCUGAAAGGUUUUGAAGGUUUUUUAUCAUCAUCAAAGGGCACUUCUAACAUGAAACGUUCCAGAAAGUUUCAGCCUGAAGACAGGUUAUUCUCCUUGUCAUCGAUUACCUCCCCAGCGGUUGAAGAACAUGUAGCUGGCCGAGAUGAUGGAAGGUCUGAAUAUGGUCCAGGUCGAUCAAAAGGUGGAGGUACUCCUGCAAAUGGACAAGGAAAGCCAAAGAAGGGAGGAAGAAUUGCUUCAAGAGAAGGCAAAAGGCUCAGACCUUCAAGUGAACAGGAAUUGGAUGAUGAAGAAGAUCUUGAUAUGAGUUUGAGAUGAUUGUUUGUAGCACUAGUUUACUCUUUAUGUUUGGUAAUUUAUGGGCUAUGUUGACUAAGGGUUUGCUGAAAUCCUCCACAGCUGAUGUCUAGACUCAGACUACUCUUUGGUCCAUCUGCCAUUCCACUUAUUCUCACUGAUGUUUCAUAUCUUGAUGCUGGACCUGAUAGAAUCUAGACGAGUGGACUAUAAAUUCUCUUCUGUGUACCAACUUGAGAAACAUGUUGUAUUCUGAUGCUGCACAGAAGUUUCUAUUGACUCACUCAUUCGAUCACCAA